AUGACUUUGAUUGUAACCAGCCUUCUUCUAUUUGAAUUGAAACUGAUUUACUACGUAUUUGGUCAAAGAGCCUGUCAUAAAAAUGUAACUACUCUGGGCAGUUGUGGCGGACGGAGUGUGUCAGGGGAUCAACUAUCAAUAGACUUCGGCAUUAUUGAGUAUCAAUGCAGUUGCAAGAUUAACUUCAAUUUUACUGGCAAAGUCGAGUACCUGCUCGAGGCUAUAGACCAAAAAGGUUGUGGACGAAGAAUAGAGAUUAAAUACAAAGAUCCUACGAUCGAAAAGCAAUCAAAGAACUGUGGAGGCAAACUGGAAAGUUUAAUUGUUAAACCCAAUGGAACUUCAACGGUUAGACUAACUUCAGAUCCCUCCAGAAGAAGCGGGAAUACAAGAUACUGCUUCACUCUGCUGAGUCCGGUCGAUUCCUACAAUUUCAUAGUAACCUGCAGUCUCGUGUACGAAGGAGAGGAUAGAACUCUUAAGAAACCACCAACAGAUGGUUCUCCUACAGAAAGAAGAUUGUCAGUUGUGUUUGCUUCACUUUUUGGAGUUGCUGUUAUUGGGAUGUUUCUUCUCACAGCAGUGCUCUUAAACGUAAGAAGAAGGUGGAAUAAGUCAGAUAGAAAACUUGGUCCAGAUGUAGGGUCUGCAGAACAACACAAUUCGACUCCCCCACAAAUCGGCUCUGUCUACACGGAACUAAACCUAUCUGUAAAUUACUCAGAACUAAACGGAUCAUAUUCAGCUUUAAACGACAACAGAAUGUUUGAAGAUGAUAUGGGAUAUAUAGUUCCUAUCAACAACCACUGAUAUUCAACUCUACCUAAAAGGCGUGUACAGGGCAUACAAUCACAUUUACCAAAAACACAACCGAUUAAAAGUAAUAUUGCCACGUUUAUUUCAAAUGUUUUUUUUUUCCAGAAGAAUUGUCCUUGAUUGCCAUGGUUAUUGUUUGUUGUUAUUUAUUCUUUAAGCCACAUGGCUUAACAUAUCACCUUAUCAUUAUUC